AUGCCUAUGCUUGAGCCUGGGUCUUCAACAACCUCCCCUGUUGCUUUCUUGGUCUCUGAUGCUGCCAAUCCCCAAUUCUCCGCUUGCCAACCCGACAGCUGGAAUGACGAGGAUCCCGCACGCCAAUUCCAUUUCAGUCCAGCCGUAUGCCCCAGUGACUGGACAUAUUAUAGCGUGAGACGCAUAUUCCCCACAGCUGCAAGUCAAAAGGACCAUUCCACGGCCUACUGUUGUGCUAGGUUUGUGCAUGAGCACCCACGGCUGCAUUUCCAAACCGGAUCACUGAUUCGAUCUCAUAACUUUAGUGGCUACGAUCUCUGGGAUACCUGGCUAGACUUCCCUAUAACCAGCCUCGCAAGGCCCUGUUACCAAUACAUUGAGGCCGGCGCAACCAGAAUCACAAUACCAAUAGAGUCAUCCGGUACUGGGACGACACGGGUCUUUAAAAAAGGGUAUAUGGCCCAUGAAGCAUGGGCUAUCUCAUGGGCGGCCGAGAACACGGCGGGCAUGUCUCCAGCACUACCGGCGCUUGACUCGGUGCAUGAUAUUGCGACCUGGGUGCCGGGGCAGAGUGUUACGUCCUUCCCACAGCCAAAGUCUCAGAAUGACUCGGUCCUUGUGGGCUUGGGAAAAUUCUACUACAUAGGCCUUCCGCUCAUUUGCGUCGCAGCUCUUGCAGGUGGCAUUUGUUGUUGUAUCACGGUCCGACGAUCGAAGCGACGAGAGGCGGCCAAAUUGGAGCAGUGGCGAUUAGAGCAUCCAACUGGGAUGUUCAGAACUACUAGUCGCUGA